AUGGCCUCGCCGCCACCGCCAGGCUCCCGGAUGGCCUCGGGCGAGGCCAGGAGGGGUUCUGGUGGAUCCCGCAGAGGUUCCGCUGCGGAUGCCAGGAAGGGCUCCGUUGAUGCCAGAAAGGGCUCCGUUGAUGCCAGGAAGGGCUCCACUGAUGCCAGGAAAGGCUCCGUUGAUGUCAGGAGGGGCUCCACCGACAUAAGGAGGGGCUCCACCGAUUCCAGGAGGGGCUCCACCGAUUCCAGGAGGGGCUCCACCGAUGCCAGGAGGGGCUCCACCGAUUCCAGGAGGGGCUCCACCGAUGCCAGGAGGGGUUCCGAUGCAGCCGGAAGGAAGGGCUCCAUCAAGUCCCUGCAAGAGAGCCGGAGAGAGAGCAGCUCCUCCACCGAGGCCAGCGUGCACGGGCCCCACAGGAUGCCCUGGGCCACCCUGGUGAAAGCCUUGGGCGGGUUCAAGUCGUCCCUCCCGGAAAUCCGCCGGGACAGGAUGCUGGCCGCCUAUGACCCUCUGGCCCUGGACAAGGACCUAGAGCCGUACGACAGCACGAUUUCGCCGCCAGAAGUGAAGGUCUGGGGCGACCAUGAGCCUCUCUCCAAGAUCCCAUAUAAAAUUCUGAGUGGGCAUGAGCAGAGUGUCACCUCCUGCCACUUCUGUGUGAGUGAUGCCAAGCUCCUCAGUGGCUCCUAUGACUGCACUGUGAGAUUGUGGGAUGUUUUCGAUGGAACUGUGAUUCGGGAAUUUGAGCCAAGGCCCAAGGCUCCAGUUUUGGGGUGCAGUGUCACGGCUGACAGCACAAGAGUCGUUGCGUCGUCCUAUGACAAGACAGUGAGGGUUUGGGACCUCGAGACAGGCCAGAUGCUGUGGAAGAUCAGGCACGACACGUUCGCAGUCUCCUGUAAGUUUUCUCCCAAUGGAAAAUUCGUGGUCUCAGCCUUGGAUGUGGAUCGUGGACUCUGCGUAGUGGAUGCAGAAAACAUCACCACUGUGAUUCAGGUCAAAGAUCAUCACAAGAGGUCCAUCACGUCAUGCUGCUUUGACUCCGACAGCCUGAGGGUGGCUUCCGUCUCCCUGGACAAGUCCAUCAAGAUCUGGGAUAUUACAUCCCAGGCCACACUGCUCACCAUCCCCAAGGCACACUCCAAUGCCAUCUCAGACUGCUGCUUCACCUUCAGCGGCCACUUCCUGUGCACCAGCUCCUGGGAUAAAACCCUGAAAAUAUGGAACGUCCACACAGGAGAAUUUCGGAACCGUGGGGCCUGCGUGACUCUGAUGCGGGGUCACGAAGGCUGUGUGAGCUCCUGCUCCUUUGCCAGAGACAGCUCUUUUCUAAUCUCUGGAGGGUAUGACAAGACAGUGGCCAUCUGGGACGUAGGAGAAGGAUACCGGAAGCUGUCCCUGAAGGGACAUGAUGAUUGGGUGAUGAAUGUUGCUGUUAGCAACAACAAGAAAUGGAUCCUCUCGGCUUCCAAGGACAAGACGAUGAGACUGUGGAAUAUUGAGCAAAUCGACAAAAUUCCUUUGGUAAUCGAGUACAAAAAGUCCAUGGGUUUAAAGGUGAAGCAGUGUAAGGGGUGUGACCGGCCUUUCUCCAGCUUUGGUAGCGACAGCCCGUCUGAAAUCUUCACCCGGUGCGUGUUCUGCCGGAGAGAAGGCAAGGACAUUCCAGAAGACGGCUCAUCGUCCUCAGAGGGCUGA